AAAAAAUGAGUUUGGCAAGGACGGCACUUUCCACACAACUAUUUUCAGUAGUUGGCAAAGCAGCAUAUCCAGGAUAUGUACCAAGUUGUAACAAAAGAAUCUGGUUUAAUUUCUUGAGGAGGAGAAUUGAAGAGGAUGUAGUUCCACGAGACUUUGAACCACAGCCUGUUGUGCAGUUUGAUGAUUAUACAAGGAAUAAUCUGAAAAAAAGAACAUCCAUUCAGACCCAUCGUGCUUACAUGCCUCCAGAGAAUGUGGAAAAUAUAGUGCUUCGUAUUGUAAAGGGAGUAUAUGGAAAGGAGGUGGACAUACAACAUAUAGAUUUAGACCAAGACAGGAGAAAGAAAUUUAUGGUUCUUACCAGAAUGAUGAAGGAAUUUGACCACUGUAUACCGAACACUGACUUACAUGAUAUGAAAACUAUUGAGCAAGCUGUGGAAUUCUUCAAAAAAGAAAUUAAAGACACUUCAUGUUUGGAAGAUCUAACAAAAGUAGACUUACCCAAAAACCUUCACAUCAACACAGAAUACAUUCGUUAUGAUCGUGACGGAAAUUCACUAUGGCCUGGGAAAGACGCCUUCCCAGGACAACAGACAAAAGUGUUCAGCUCCAAAUUUUCUAGGAAAUACAAAGUUAUUGACAAAUCUAAAGACAAAUAUAAGUACAAAUUAGAUAGGAAAACAUUCUUUGAAGAACAAAAAGAAAUCAAUGAUUUUAUGUACAAAUAUGCAUCAAAAAGAUAAAAUUGUUAGAAAUUCUCAGUGUUCUUUUUCGGAAAGGGAG